AUGCUUUGCACUGCUUGUACUUUCCGGAGCCUGGUAUGCAAGAUGAUGGAUGAUGCAAAGCGUUGUUCUCAGUAUAUCUGUCAUGCUCGUUCUUGUAAUGGCUGUGAGGUUUCUGUUUCUGCUUGUAAGUUCUCUUUUUCUUCUUUUCUAAUCCCUUUGCUGAUGCUCUUCUUCUUUCCUUAG